GCCGUGUACGUCAUCAAAAAUGGCGGAUAAAAUAAUGUAGUGUUGAUGGAUACGUGCUUAAUAACAUUUUGUUAUUGGAAUCACGAACAAUGAGGAAUGUGUGGUGUGGUAGAAAUUACUGGCGAUUAUCUUGAAAUGGCGAUUAAAACAGAGUGGUUUAAUUAAAAGAAAAUAGAGGGUUUCUGUAUCUCAAACGUGCUGUCAGGUACGAUGACGUUUAUAACCUCAAUUGAAAGAUGAAUAUACGUGCGAGGGUCGCAGCAAAGCACUGAUACAGGCAACCGUGGUACAGUGCAGUUAAGCGUGUUUCGCCGCAAGAGGGCUGGUCGCGUUGAGUCGAGCGAGACAUGGCCGGAACGGAGGGACCCCGCGCGGGCCCGGAUAAGCCCUUCUUCAUGAUGAAGGUGUCGUCGUACCUGCUGGCGCUGCGGCCGUGGUCGCUGAGCGCGUCGCUCAUGCCCUCGCUGCUCGGCAGCGCCGUGGCCUACAAGUGCAGCGCGCCCGGGGACUUCAGCCUGCUCGCGCUGCUGCUCACGCUGUUCACCGUCGUGUGCGUGCACGGCGCCGGCAACGUCGUCAACACCUACUUCGACUACGUGAAGGGCAUCGACGGCCGCAAGAGCGACGACCGCAUCCUCAUCGACCGCAUCCUGUCCAAGGACGAGGUGGUGUCCCUGGGGGCGCUGCUGUACGCGGCGGGCUGCCUGGGGUUCGUGUGCCUGGCGGCCAUGUCUCCGGCGCGCAUGGAGCACCUGGCGCUCGUGUACUUCGGCGGGCUGUCGGGCUCGUUCCUGUACACGGGCGGCAUCGGCCUCAAGUACAUCGCGCUGGGCGACGUGGUGAUCCUCGUCAUCUUCGGGCCCGUGUCCGUGCUGUUCGCCUUCAUGGCGCAGACGGGCCGCGUGGAGUGGGCCAGCGUGUACUACGCCGUGCCGCUGGCGCUCAACACGGAGGCCAUCCUGCACAGCAACAACACGCGCGACCUGGAGAGCGACCGUGGCGCCGGCAUCGUCACGCUCGCCAUCCUGAUUGGCCGCACCGCGUCCCGCGUGCUCUACGCGUUCCUCGUCUUCACCCCGUACGUCAUCUUCGUGGUGCUCGGCCUGCGGCACACCGCCUGCUUCCUGCUGCCCUUGAUCACGCUGCCCGAGGCCUUCCGCAUCGAGAAGAACUUCCGCUCGGGAGACACCAUGCAGGACGUUCCCAAGAAGACCACCAAUCUCAAUUUGAUAUUCGGCUUGUUGUACGUUCUGGCAGUUAGUCUUGCUCCUAGGAACAAUUUACCGUUCGUUCAAUAAGUAGCCCGGGGCCUAGGUGGAUGUUUGAGCAUCUGAUAUCUCGCUGUAACAGAUACGGCUGUCGCUGUUUAUGAUUUGUAAUGUUCAGUCAUGUAACGGGAGCGCUUUUCUCUUGCAACAAGUAUCCCGAGUGCCGUAGCUAGGAUCAUGCCUUCGGUGUUUUUUACUUUUUAUAAUGCUUCCGGCAGACUGAAAAGCGAUGAUACAAUCGACUUGGGGCAGCGUUCCGAGGCAGCUUUGUCCCCCGCAGGGAGGCGUGGGCUCUUGUACCGGGAACACUGCACUUGGCUUUCCGUGUGUUCGACAAUAACCUGCUGCACUUGUUCUGAUGCAAAUGCAACACCUUUAGAGACUUAGGCCUAGGAACUAGCAAUUUGUACUAACCAGAAAUGUAUAUGUUUUAAAUAACUGCCAGUCUACGUAUGAGUUGUUAACGUACAGAUUAGGAAUAAUGAAGUGGUAAAGCAUUUUAUAGAUGCUUUUUUUUUUGUUCACCCACGCCCCCUGGUUUUUGUAUUCUUUGAUGUUAUGUACUUACUGUCUGUUGAACUGUGAUCUUCUUUGGAGCAGAAGAUUGCAAAAUAUGUUCCGCGAUGUUACCGCUCACAAUAUUUUGUGGAACAGUGGAAAAAUAAUUUGUAUUUUAAUUAAUUUUUUAUUUCAUAUUUAUUAAUAUUUAUGUUGUAAUAUAAAGUUUUAACUAACAUUUGUACAAAUUAUAUAGGUGAGUAUUUGAAGGACUUGGUGGAGAGAAAAGAAAUGAAAAUGACUCAGUGUGAUGUAGUAUUCUUACAACAGCUGUACCUAAUUUUUGUUUUCUGAAAGAAAGAGGUUACAAGUACUAAAA